UCCACAUAUUCAAUAAAUCUAGUGAGAAAAAAAAAAAAAAAAAAAAGAGAGAGCCAUGAAAAAGUCUCAAACGCAAACGCAGAUAUCUUCUUCACCGCUAAAACAAACGAUUGCGGUUGCGUCUAUCGCCGCUGGUAUACAAUUCGGAUGGGCUUUGCAGCUCUCACUUUUAACUCCUUACGUUCAGCUUUUAGGCAUACCUCAUAAAUGGGCCUCACUGAUUUGGCUAUGCGGCCCAAUUUCGGGUAUGUUAGUCCAGCCCAUUGUUGGUUACCACAGCGAUCGCUGCAAAUCGCGUUUUGGUCGCCGUCGUCCAUUUAUCGCGGCCGGUGCUGGGCUCGUCGCAAUCGCCGUCGUUCUUAUCGGUUACGCCGCCGAUAUCGGUGAGAUUUUAGGAGAUCGAGUUGAUUCAACGCCGAAAUCACACGCAAUCGUUGUUUUCGCCGUCGGAUUUUGGAUUCUCGAUGUUGCUAAUAACAUGCUUCAAGGACCUUGUCGAGCUUUGUUGGCGGAUCUCUCUGGUAAUAGUGGGAAGAAGACGAGAACUGCGAAUUAUUUCUUCUCUUUCUUCAUGGCCGUCGGAAAUGUACUCGGAUUCGCCGCCGGAGCUUUUACUCAUCUUCACGACGCGUUUCCGUUCACGUUGACGAAAGCUUGCGAUGUCUAUUGCGCGAAUCUCAAAAGCUGUUUCUUCUUCUCGAUUCUGAUUCUGAUGAGUCUGACGAUUUUCGCUCUCUGGUACGUCGAUGAGAAACAGUGGUCGCCGGAGACGGAGAAGGAAGUAAACGGCGGCGGAGAGGUUGAUGAUGGGAAUAUGGAGAUAACGGAAGAAGUAACGGCGCUGUCUAAAGAAGUUAGAGUUCCGUUAUUUGGGGAAUUAUUCAGUGCGGUGAAGGAUAUGGAAAGACCAAUGGUGAUGUUACUUUUGGUGACGUGUCUCAAUUGGAUUGCUUGGUUUCCUUUUCUUUUAUUUGACACUGAUUGGAUGGGAAGAGAAGUGUACGGUGGUGACUCAGGAGGUAACGUUAAUGAUAAUGCUCGGCGCGUGUAUAACACGGGGGUUCACGCCGGCGCGUUGGGGUUGAUGUUAAACUCGGUGAUGCUCGGAUUCACUUCGCUUGGGUUAGAGUGGUUAGCGCGUGGUGUUGGUGGUGUGAAACGGUUGUGGGGGAUUGUGAAUUUCAUUUUAGCGUUCUGUUUGGGGAUGACUGUUUUGAUUACUAAGAUGGCGGAGUCGAGCCGUCGCGACUCCGCCGUGUUAGGGGUGGUGGCGAUUUCUCCACCGGUUGGUGUUAAAAUUGGAGCUUUGUCGUUGUUUGCUCUCCUCGGUGUACCUCUUGCUAUAACUUACAGCAUUCCUUUCGCUUUGGCAUCAAUAUUUUCUUCUUCUUCUGGUGCUGGCCAAGGACUGUCGUUGGGGGUUUUAAAUCUUGCAAUCGUUGUACCACAGAUGGUGGUGUCGGUAGGAGCAGGACCGUUUGAUGAGAUGUUUGGAGGAGGAAAUAUUCCGGGGUUUGUGUUGGCGGCGGUGGUUGCGGCCGUGAGUGGAGUUUUAGCGCUCACUGUGCUUCCUUCUCCACCGCCAGAAGCUGAUGUUCUCAAUGUUUCUGCCGUGGGAGGACAUUAGUUAGCUCUUUUAUCUCUAUUUUUCUGUUUUACCGCAUAGAGAAACAAAAAGUGUAAAGAGAAGAAGUUUGUGUAAAAACAUAAUAACUUCUGUUUCUUGACACAUGUAAAAUGUACUCUGAACAAGUGUAAUUUCCGCAUUAAUGACAAUUUAAUGUACUUUUUAGAUGCGA